AUGGUGAUGCGAAUGCACCCCAAGAAGAAGAACGAUACGCGGUGGAUCUACGUGAAGCCGGACCGCGCCCUGGGCGUAGGCGACAUCAAGGAUCGAUCGAAGCUGUCGAGCCGCCGCCAGCAAGGGUGGGACUACGAGUCUUUCCCCGCCCUGACGGCCUCGGAGAAGACGGACAUCAUGGAGAAGGCCAAGGAGAAGCAGCUCGAGGCCGAGCUGUAUCUUUCAAAUAUCCGAGGGUACGUGGCCUACUUGUCCUGUUUUCGUUCUGGGCUAGUUGGUACCUGGGGCACGUGGAACUGGGGAUCGACGGUGGGCGCCGCUUUCUUCUUCUGGAGGGUGGCUGUCUAUUUCAAUUUAUGGCAGUGUAUGCGUUGGACUGCCGAGAAGCUCGAGGAUGGCCACAACCUGCUCCUCGAGGUCGACGACUUCCGAGGCUACUUGUUCGACCUCUACGAGGACGGCAAGUUCGAGAUCCCCAUCAUGAUCUUCGCUGCUUUGGUGGCUGUGGGGCCGAGCCCCCUGCGCUGCUUCGAGCAGCGCCCGUCGCCUCUGCUGGCCAGUGGCACGCCUCCAGGGAGCGACAUCGACAGCGACGGGGGGGCGAAACAUUCGGCGGCGGGCGCCUCGGACGAGUCGGAGCCCGCGAAGGAAAUGCAGGAGAUGACUGGGGGAGUGCCCAGCGUCGCGUCCGAGCCCAGCAUGGACAUUCAUGUGGACAGGAUGAUCGACAGGUUGAAGAGAUUCGGAGACACUAUCAGCGCGGACAAGGCCUCGCCUGGUUGCGAGCCUCUGCAGGAUGCAUCGUCGUCGGCGGCCACGGCGGGAUCCACGACCUGCCCCGCCAUCGACCUGGGGGCGAAGGAGACGCUGGAGGGCGCGGGGGUGAGCCUCGAGCCCUUGAGGGAGGCCCUCAGGGACCCCAGGGAGCGGCUGCUCGCCAACCUCUCGAAGAUCCUGCUGGUCCAGACCUACGGGAAGCACGGCAGCAUGGUGAAGUUUGCGACGGACUGGGCGCGCCUCGAGGAGCUGAACCGGAACCAUAUCGGGCGCGAGAUAAUGCUGCACUGCAUGGCGCUGGAUCGGAUGCUGGAGGCCUCGCCCGAGUUCAUCCAGACGGCGGGGCGCGAGAUCCUGCGCGCGGGGGUCUACGCGUUGAAGAGGGCGUUCAAGGACGUGGCAGGCAUCAAGGAUUGGAAGCAGCCUCGGGGCAGCGGGGCCAACAAGUGGAAGUCCAAGGUGCGCUGGGACCUCGCGAGCGAGUUGGAUUGGAGGUCUCUCACGGAGGGCGAGGAGGCGCAUCCAGGAGUGGAGCGCGACUUGACGGCCAGGCUGCAGCAUAAGGAUCUCUUCCAGAAGUAUCUGCAGAAGGGGGGCUCGGACGCGGCCAAAGAGGAGGACGAGUAG